AUGCUUUUCCUUGCCGAACUCCGCCGGUCACCACCUCCAGAAGAACUGCUUGCGGAUCGAUGGAAAUGGCUGUCCCUGAUGGCGCUGUUAACCAUUGUGGUUGUCUUGCAGAUCUUGACGCUUGACGUUGUCGCCGUUGUUCUCUCAGGCCUACUACUUCUUUUCGGGUGGCGGAUGAUCCGCGAUGACAUGCAGGAGAUGCCAGCGUAUGCUCUGGUCUACGGCAUGCUUUGCGGCCUCAACUGCUGCUUCACGCUUCUGCCACUGGUGGCAGACCUGGCGGAGGGCCGCCUUUUGGAUACGAAAUGGGCAUUCCGAAAUAGUGAGUUGCCCAGUACCAAGUAUGAAUCCUGGACCACCUACACUCAGAUCACGCCCUUCUUCGACAUGUCUCUGGGUUUGGAAUUCAAUGCUGAAAGCCUAUGCAUGCUGCUGACGCCUCUUACCAUGGCAGCAGGCUGCUAUUUGUCAGCAUGCGCACACGUGAUCGUGGACCAGGCAGCACACCGCUUGGAUGUCCAGCACGACGAGGACCAGUUUGGUGAUUCGACCAGGCACCUGGCGACACUUCCAGCUGCAGAGCGAACCUUGCAAUGCCCACGUGUAUUUUCGGGCAAGGCCUUCAAGGUGGACACGUGA